CGGAACGAUUCUUGUUCAUGUCAAAUGUCAAAAUUUUGACAGACAUCUAACCUCAAGAAAAUAUUUUUAUUUUAUUUUUAGUAUUUUAGUUUUUAUUUAUUUAUUAAAAUGUAAUCACUAUGGUUCAUUUUUACUUCAGAGUUUUAGUUUUUUUAAUAGGCAUAGUAAUAGGCCUAUUAGUGGGAAAAUACUGUGUAAAUGUCGAAGUAAAUCAAACUAAUUUUUCAACCAAUCCGUCCUAUGACAAAUGGUCCCUAGAGAAUAAUAUUAAAAGAAAAAAUGUGAUAUGGGAUACUUUGCGUUACAAUAAAAAUGUCAAAACUGUGAUAGAAGCCGAUUUUCUUUUUAAAAAAGCAACAGUUACAUGCCUAGUCCUAUUAAGGAAUUACAAAAAUGAGAAACCCAUAGGAAAUACCUGGGCAAAAGGCUGUAAUGAAAUCAAAUUUAUAAAAGUUCCAAAACAACAAACUAUUUCCAUUAAAAGAAAACUAGGAAACUCCUCUUGGGUGUUACUUUGCAAUGCACUUCACGACACAGAAAACUCUGACUGGAUUUUUAUUGUAAAUGAUUACACCUUUGUGAUAAUGGAAAACCUUAGAUAUUAUCUAGCACCUCUUAAUCCAAAUGACAAGUAUUAUUUAGGUCAUAGUGUUAUAUUUUGGACUACACAAUUUAACUCGAAGGAAGGAGGAAUUUUGUUAAGUAAAGGAGCAUUGAGUACAUUUAAAAAUCAUGUUGCCAAAUCAAAUUGUUCCUCAUUUUCAUAUUGGAAUAGGGAAGAUUUUUAUUUAGGUAAAACUUUGGCAACCUUAGGCAUUGUACCAAAUGACACCAGAGAUUAUGGUGGAUUUUCAAGAUUUCAUCCAUUUAAUUUAAAUGCAUUGCUUUUUAGCAUGGAAAACCAUAAAUAUACUAAUGUUUUUCCUUUUAAGUGUUGUAGCAAGGAUUCUAUAUCUUUUCAAGCAAUAGAUGGUGAUAAAAUGUAUUUCUAUUAUUAUGUGCUUUAUACAAUGCAAAUAUUUACACAUGGAAAACUUGGAAAUGUACCAAAUUUGCAGAAUCAGGAUGAGGAGGUUUGGAAGGCCUUCUUGAAUGAAAGAAAUAUCUCGAAUACUAAAAUUACAAGUGCAGAAUAUUACAAAGAAUGGGAACAUCUAAUUGAUGAUCCUACAUCAUUUGCUGCAAAAAUGGAAAGAGAAAUUGAAAAAGAUGGAGAACUUUAAGUUGUGACAAUCAGUAUAAUAAUUUUGUAUUAAUUUUUUACACGUUUUGAUAAUAUAUUUUAUUAAUUAUAUUGCA